CACGAAGUAACGUCGUAACAACUGAACCAAUGAGUGACGCUGUAACAACAGUGAAAACUUCCAUAGCCUUUUCAACAACAGUAACAAAUACUCCUGACGCACCAAUAAUACAAACAACUAUAGACGCCAUAACAACAAAAGAACCAACUACUGACGACACAGCUCCAACCCCAAAUAUUGUAGAAACUACAAUUAGUACAACUCAAGAUACUCAGUUAACAUCAACGACUUCACGUGUUACUCAGAAGGCCGACAAUUCAGCUGUUGUGACCGGAACCGUUACUGGUGUUUCUGUAGUGGUUUCUGUUAUCGUAUCCUUUGUGAUACUACAGUUUUGCGGUUUUAAAUAAAUUGGUGGGAAAAAACAGUAGAAUAUCUAUCAUUCUCGUAGAAGGGAGAUGCAGUAUAGUUAACAAUGCAAUCUUCAUACGCAAUAAUCAACUGGUAGCUGUUUCUAAGUGAAAUAAUAACUGUAUCAUUAUCAUUCAAUUAACAAUAUUAGAUAAGAAAGUGCUUUUUAUCAAUCAUAAUAAAAUUUCAGGUUUUCAUACUUAUGCUUAUUUAUCAUAUCUGUUGUAUUUCGCUACUUUGUCUUGUUAAUUUUUCUGUUUAUUUUAACCUAAAAGUUGUAAAGUAAUUUUAAAAUCUAAUAUUAGGUUAUGAUUUAUUGAUGUAUUUAUAUUCUUUCAUGAUUUAUUGUUUUAUUACUGUUAUCGCAUCCUUUGUAAUACUCAAGGUUUGUGGUUUUUAAAUUAUCUGCGGGGGGAAACAUACAGUAGAACAUCCUUCAAUCUCGUAGUAGGGAGAUGCAGUAUUGUUAACAAUGCAAUCACGAUGCGCAAUAAUCAACUGGUAUUUGUUUCUAAGUGAAAUCAUAACUAUAUCAUUAACAUUCCCUUCACAAUUAUAUUAGAAUAGAAAGUGCAUGUUAUCCAACAUGAUAAAAAAAACAUCAUGUUUUCAUCUUUAUGGUUUUUUUUUAUC